CUUUCCUCUGCCCUCUUUUCUUUUGUGCAGAAAGAUUUCACGAUGCGAGAAGAGCUGCAGCAGAGUGACGUGGAACGCUGGCUGGGAUUCAUCACCUUCCUCUGUGAAGUCUUUGGCACCAUGAGGAGCAGCACCGGGGAGCCCUUCCGUGUACUUGUCUGCCCCAUUUACACCUGCCUCAGGGAGUUGUUGCAAUCUCAGGAUAUAAAAGAAGAUGCGGUUCUUUGCUGCUCAAUGGAGUUGCAAAGCGCCGGCCGGCUGCUGGAAGAACAGCUUCCCGAGCUGAUGACGGAACUGCUGGCCACUGCCCGCGACAAGAUGCUGUGCCCCUCGGAGUCCAUGCUGACGCGGUCCUUGCUCCUGGAGGUGAUUGAGCUGCACGCCAACAGUUGGAACCCCCUGACCCCGACCAUCACGCAGUAUUACAACAAGACAAUCCAGAAACUGACAGCUUGAAGGCAGCAGGCGGGCGCAGCCCAGUGCCGGGAGCAAGACAUGCACUUUAAAGAAACAACACAAAACACACAUUCAGAAUAUUCUAAAAGGACGCAGGAGCGCUCGAGUUACAGGGACUGGAGAAGGGACGGUGUGACCGUUCAGUGGUCCGAUUCCUAAAAAGACAACCCGCAGCAUGUUUAAGAAUACGUUCGAUGGGGCGAAGCAUGUCUUUUUUUCAGUCGCGUCCUCAGGUGCCGCCCCCUCCUCCUUUCUUCCCUCUCCUCCCCGCUGUGGUUUUGUUGAAAGUUCCCUUUUAUGCAACCCGUGGCUCAUCGACUCAACGUCCCGCCAAGCUAUUGUUGCGGCUCAGGAGGAACAUGGCCGGUUGAAUAGCGACUUGGAGGGCAAGAACGGAUGGUCUCCGAAGCAUUGUAGCAGCUUGCGUUGGCCAACUGGCGGGAGGCAGGCCACAGCAGAUGUCUUUGGGGGAGAGGAGGGGGGGGGACAAAGACAGACCUGUUCCACCCCAGAUGCUGGUAACUGACAGCUUUUGUCAAGCCAAAAGAUCAUCCGCUCUUCAUCCCUCCCCGCCUUCCUCUCCUCGUGUCUUCAAAGGUUGGUCUCCUUAGCUGUCCUCUGUGGCUCCCUACCCCAAACCUCAUUCUAGAUUAGACAUUGAGAAGCGAUUUUUUUUUCUGCCCUUUUUUGGGGAGGGGGUGUUGGGGGCAAGGUAUUUGCAUUUGCACUGAAUAUUAUUUUCCUUUGUGGGUUUUUUUCUUCCAUUCUAUAAAUAUAUGUAUAUAUAUAUAUGUCUGUAUAUAUACAUACACAUAUUCUUAUAUCAGUGCUUCCCAAACCCGGGUAAAUAACCCACCAUUGGGUAAAAGUGUUUUUUUCUUUUUGGUUAAAGGUACACAACCCCAUUACUCAAUCACAAAAGGGACACUGACAUUGAUGGAAAGGGUUUUGUUUUGUUUUUUAACCUAUCUUGGGCUGAAAGGACUUUCCAAUACGUGGUUUUUGGGAAUGAAAGAAAACUUGGGAAGGACUGCCUUAGAUGAGCAGACAGCCUGCUCUUUCGUUUUUUGAAAAAGUGAAGUCCGCGAUGAUGUGAGAUUGCAGAGAACAUGCAAGGAUCCUGAAGGAGAGGGAGCCCAGGCCAAACGCCACUCAAAAAGUAUUAUUGCCAUUAAAAUGUCUUGCCAACAGGUUUGCGGUGAAAAAAGCCUGAUUCUGUACAGACUUCGAUGCAAUUCUCUUCCACAGGGGACUCCAACCUUGGCAACUUUAAGCCUGGCGGACUUCAACUCCCAGGGUUCCCCAGCAAGCUUUGGGGAAUUCUGGGAGUCGAAGUCCGCCAGGCGUGAAGUUGCCAAAGUUGGAGACCCCUGCUCUUCCACAUGUUCUGAUUGCUAUGAGAAACCCCAGGGCUAUACAGGCAGUCCUCAACUUGCAACCAUUGGUUUAGCGACCAUUGAAAGUUACAACAGCUCUGAAAAAAAAAAAGGAUUUAUGACUACUUUUCACACUUACAAACGUUGCAGCAUCCCCAUGAUUUCUUGAUCAAAAUUUGGACGCUAAGCAACUGGCCUAGGUUUAUGACGGUUGCAGUCAGUGGUGGGAUUCAGCCAGUUCGCACCACUUCGGGAGAACCGGUUGUUAACUUUCUGAGCAGUUUGGCAAACUGAUUGUUGGAAGAAAUCAUUAGGGCAGAGAAACCAGUUGUUAACUUACUUGAAUCCUACCACUGGUUGCAGUGUCCCAGGGCGAUGGGAUUCCCCUUUCGCAGCCUUCUGACAAGCAAAGUCAGUGGGGUAGCCAGAUUCGUUUAACAACUGUGUGACUUAACAGCUGCAGUGUUUCACUGAAUAACUCUGGCAAAAGAAAAGUAGUCAAAUGAGGCAGAACUCACUCACAGCUCUCUUGCUUAGCAACAGAAACUUUGGCCUUAAUUGUGGUCGCACAUUGAGGAUUACCUGUAUUAGCUUUUUGCAAAGUUUUUGACCCAAGUGUAAAACUCUGGGAAUUCCCACGCACACACAUUUCUGAAUAUCUCGAACCAGCUCUCUACCAGUACAUCUAGUCCAGAGGUGGGGAACCCUGGAAUUCUGGGAGUUGAAGUCCACAAAUCAUAAAGGGUCCAUGCUUCCCCACCCCUGAUUUAGUCAGUGUAAAAAAAAAGACAGUGUGUUCCCUCUGAUGGCAUUACACAACUCUACGUUCCUUAAGUAAAUUUUUUUUUUUUCAUUUUAGGUAAGUUGUUAUUUAUUUAUUUUUGAUAAAUGGGGACCAGUUGCAUCACAACACCAGUGUUAUUUAUUCAUUUAGAUCAGCUGGCGGGGAGAAUUCUGGGAAUUGAAGUCUCCGCAUUUUAAAAUUCCCAAGGGAAGGAAACAACUGAUCUAAAUGAAAAAUGCCAGCUCCUCAGGAGCAUUUAAGGAUUUAAAUUUAAAGCUGGAAAUGUAAUAAAAUUCUGGACUGAACAUUUAAUUUAAUGUGGGAGGGGAAAAUAUUGUCACCCUGCCGUCUGUUUUCUAAAAUAUAAGAAUGACUGUUUAAAUAUUAACAUAUGUAAUAACGUAUCAGCUCUGCUGUGUUUAACACACUUGGUGUUUCUCAUAUUAAUUAUAAAUAUAUGGAUUGGCUUGAAUUGUGCAGAGAAGCAUACAGGUAGUCCUUGACUUACAACCCUUUGUUUAGCGACUGUUACAACAGCACUUUAAAAAAAAGUGACUUACAACCAGUCCUCACACUUAUGACCAUUGCAACAUAGUCAUGUGAUCAAAAUUCAGCUGCUUGGCCACUGCCAUGUAUUUAUAACUGUUGCACUGUCCUGAGAUCGUAUGAUCGCCAUUUGUGACCUUUUCAGCCAGCUUCUGAUAAGCAAAGCUGGGGGAAGCCAGAUUCGCUUAAUGACUGUGGCAAAAGUGGUCCUUGUUUAAUGGCCAGAUGAUUCACUUUAACAACUGCAGUGAUUCGCUUAACAAUCCACGGCAAAAAAAGGUCAUAAAACUGGGCGCGGCUCACUUAACUGCCUUGCUUAGCAACGGAAAUUCUGUUCCUAAUUGUGGUCGUAAGUCGAGGAUCGCCUGUAACUUAGAUGGAGACAAAAACUGAGUGCCAAUUAUUCUCAGAGUUGACUUGCAGCAAAUCCGCUGAUGGUGAAGAUUGAAGAGUGAGCAAAACUAAUAGUAAUUAAGUUGGGGGGUGAAUGAGGGAUUUUAAUACACCGUGGUUACAAUUAUGGUAGGGGCUAUACUGUCGUAGCCUAAUAUUAAUUCAGGGAGCUGAGUAGGAAUGAGGAAUUAAGACUUGAAGUUCUUCAGUCAUCCGAUGAAUAGAAGGUGAGUUGUAAGUAUGUGUUAGGUGGAAUUUCUGGAGUAGGGAAAUGUUUCUUGUUAAGACGUUUUAAAAAUCCAAUAGCUUAGCCUUGGAAUUUAAGGUGAAAUGUAUCAGUGUUUCUCCCCUACCCCAUCAUGUCAGAACUUUAGUUUAUAGUUUGCUCAGCAAGCUGACCAGUUAAAUGUUUUUUUUCUCCAUAUGAAGUGAAAGGUUAAUGUGAGAAUAUGCUAUUGAGGGAAAGAAUACAGAAUAACAGAGUUGGAAGGGACCUUGGAGGUCUUCUAGUCCAACCCCCUGCUUAGGCAGGAAACCCUACAGCACUUCAGACAAAGGGUUAUCCAACCUCUUCUUAAAAACUUCCAGUGUUGGAGCAUUUACAACUUCUGGAGGCAAGUUGUUCCACUGAUUGUUCUAACUGUCAGGAAGUUUCUCCUUAGUUCUAGGUUGCUUCUCUCCUUGGUUAGUUUCCAUCCAUUGCUUCUUGUCCUGCCUUCAGGUGCUUUGAAGAAUAGCUUCACCCCCUCGUCUUUGUGGCAGCCCCUGAGCUAUUGCAAGAGAUGAAGGGUUCAAUAAGACAGACUUCCCAUAGAUCAGUGCUUCUCAACUCUCAACUUGAAGAUGUGUGGACUUCAACUCCCAGAAUUCCCCAGCCAGCUCUGCUGGUUGGGGAGUUCUGGGAGUUGAAGUCCACAAGUCUCAAAGUGAUAAGGUUGGACAACCAUCAUCUGGCAAUAACUGGAUCUGCUGUCCUUUCCUAACUCUUAAUUUAGAAAACGCAUCUUUCCGAUUCUCUUCCUUUGACCCCUGACUUCAUUGCAAGAUGGUCCCACUCUUCUGCAGAAUUCGAUCUGUCUCCUAGCCUCUCGCUCAAGCCACAAAGACCCAGGCUCCUACGUGUAAAUUAAUAUUUUUUGCGCCACAUGAACUUAAUUCAGAUUAUGCUUGUGCGCAGCCAUUUGAUUGCUCAAAUCAGCCCCAGGAUUUGCUCAAUUAUUUUUAGGCGUGUAGACUAUCCAUGUAUAUACAUCUAACACGACCACGUUUGCAGAUGAUCCAGGAAAGGAAAGUAUUUGCUUUCCCAAAAGGUGGCAUCUCGAGGGUACCAUAUUUUUCGGAGUAUAAGACGCACCUACCUUUUUGGGUGAGGAAAAGAAGAAAAAGAAAUCUCCCUCUGCCUCUGAGCAAUUUUGCCUCCUUGCAGCAAACAGCCUGCUUUACUUUCAUUUUCGUUUUCAGCAUAGCUUGGUUAGCACAAGGAAAAAUAUCUGUUCCAGCAAUUUAGUUCUUUGCAGCAAGCAGCAGAGCCCUGCGCAAAACAACUGAGAGCAAAUCAGCUGAGAGUCGGGAGGCCGAUCCAAUCAACUUGUGCUAAUUAGGCUGUGCUGAAGCUGAAAGGAGCUGUUUUUUCUUGCUGUUUGCUUGCAAGGAGGUAACUGCUGCGAGGCAGAGGCCAAAGGGUGGGGC